AUGAUGAAACCUUCAGAAGGAGCAAGAGAUGUCUCUGCUGGUGGAUGUAAAUCAGUUCAUCUCACUCAUCUCCUUCUUGCUUCUCUUGGUGGUCUUGCCGCCACUGCCGCUGCUUUAGCCGGAGAAUCAUUCUUUCGCCGCUGGAAAGCUCAUCAAGGUGAAUCCAUGGUGAAUAAAGAUCAGAAAAUAGCCCCUUUGAUUGAGAGGAAAGAUUCAAGUCGACGAUCAAACCUCGAGAGAUUUUCUCACUACGUUGCAAGGCAGCUAGGAUUUGAGGAUCCCAAUGAAUGCCCACAACUAUGCAAAUUGGCAACUGCAUAUUUGGUGAAAGCAAAGGGAUAUGAUGAGAAUGUGUAUGAGUAUUUGGUGAAUGACCCUGAAGCUGAUUCUCUCUAUGUUCAUCUCCUUGAGGAAUUUGAAAGAUGCAUUCUCACUUAUUUUGCUUUCAAUUGGACUCAAUCUUCCAACCUCAUCUCUCAGGUUUUAAGCGAUGAGUCGGAUCAGAAAGUACCAAAACUCAAGGAUUUCGUGAUGGCAGCGACAAGGAAACAAAGGUUCGAGAGGGUGACGAAAGACCUCAAGGUGACAAGGGUAUUUUCGACAUUAGUAGAAGAGAUGAAAGCCAUCAACGUCGGCAGUGGAAGCGGUGAGCCACACUGUACUGAAGUGAUGUCUCCGGUGGCUCACAACAAACGUAGUCCCGUCCUCCUCCUCAUGGGCGGAGGAAUGGGGGCCGGAAAGAGCACCGUCCUCAAAGAUAUCCUCCAAGAGCCUUUUUGGUCGGAGGCAAGAGACGAUGCGGUGGUGAUAGAAGCGGAUGCGUUUAAGGAGACGGAUGUUAUUUAUAGAGCUCUUAGCUCUAGAGGUCACCAUGACGAUAUGCUCCAAACUGCUGAAUUGGUUCAUCAAUCAUCAACGGAUGCUGCAUCGUCCUUACUAGUGACAGCAUUGAACGAAGGACGUGAUGUGAUAAUGGAUGGAACGUUAUCCUGGGAGCCAUUCGUGGAACAAAUGAUCACAAUGGCAAGGAACGUCCACAAACAGAGAUAUCGAAUGGGUGCAGGCUACAAGGUGUCCGAAGACGGGACAAUAACCGAAGAGUAUUGGAGAAAGGGAGAAACAGAAGAAAAUGGGAAAAAGCAAGACUUGAAACCUUAUAGAAUCGAGCUGGUCGGUGUGGUUUGUGACGCUUAUCUCGCCGUAGCAAGAGGCAUACGGAGAGCUCUGAUGGUGAAGAGAGCAGUGAGAGUGAAGUCUCAGUUAAAAUCACACAAGAGUUUUGCUAACGCAUUCCCAAAGUAUUGUGAGCUCGUUGACAACGCUAGGCUUUAUUGCACUAAUUCUGUUGGUGGUCCUCCAAGGCUCAUAGCGUGGAAAGCCGGAGAUAGUAGGCUUCUGGUGGACCCAGAGGAUAUCGAAUGUCUGAAACGGGUCAGCAAUCUUAACCCGGAUGCUGAAUCGGUUUACGAGCUUUACACGGAUCCGAGCCUGUUAAGCCAGCCAGGUUCAGUUUGGAAGGAUGUCGUUUUAGUCCCAUCGAGGCCCAAUUGUUGUCGAGCAAAACCACCUCUCUAUUUUAUCGCUUGCAAAGACCUUCAGCAGUCAAUCAGAGUCUCUCAAGCUUCAGAGCCGUUUCAGGGUUAUAUCCUUUGCUCAGAUCUAAUCAUGGCGGAUGUCGAACCAGAGGUUGCUGCAGCUGCAAUCCCGAAGAAGAGAACGUUUAAGAAGUUUGCCUUCAAAGGAGUCGAUCUCGAUGCUCUUCUCGACAUGUCUACUGAUGAUCUCGUCAAGCUCUUCUCUUCUCGUAUCCGCAGAAGGUUCUCAAGAGGUUUGACGAGGAAGCCAAUGGCUCUGAUUAAGAAGCUCCGCAAAGCGAAAAGGGAGGCACCACAAGGUGAGAAGCCAGAACCAGUGAGGACCCACCUGAGGAACAUGAUCAUCGUCCCUGAGAUGAUUGGAAGCAUCAUCGGAGUGUACAACGGCAAGACCUUCAACCAGGUCGAGAUCAAGCCCGAGAUGAUUGGUCAUUACCUGGCUGAGUUCUCUAUCUCAUACAAGCCUGUCAAGCACGGAAGGCCCGGUGUUGGUGCUACCCACUCCUCCCGAUUCAUUCCCCUCAAGUGA